AUGAAAGAUAUAGAACAGCAAGAUGAUGUAAGAAAUAUUAUGGAAAAGAUUACAAUAGAUGACAACAAGAAACUUACAGAACAACAAACUGAACAAAUUCGAGAAUUACUACAGAAACAUAUACAGACUUUCUCCAAAGAUGACUCGGAUAUAGGCAACUGUCCAAAAGUUAAACAUCGAAUAGACCUCAUUGAUGACGUACCCUUUAAACAGCCUCAUAGACAAAUUCCUCCAAACAUGGUAGAAGAAGUAAGGAAUCAUUUACAACAACUUCUCAACACAGGAAUUAUAAGGAAAUCUAAGACACCCUGGGCAUCUAAUAUUGUUUUAGUACGAAAGAAGAAUGGUUCAUUGAGGAUGUGUGUGGACUUUCGACAAUUAAACAACAAAUCCGUCAAAGAUUCUUAUGCAUUACCGCUUAUUGAAGAGGUUUCUACAUUGGAUAUGAAAUCGGGUUAUAACCAGGUAGAAGUUGAAGAAAUACACAAAGAAAGAACGGCAUUUACGGUAGGGCCUUUAGGAUUUUUUGAAUAUGUAAAGAUGCCAUUUGGACUUUCAAAUUCAACAGCAACAAGAUUUUUCAAGAACUUUUCCAAGAUAACCAAACCAUUAACAGAUCUAUUGCCAGGCACUUUAUCAAAGAAAAAGAAGAAAUCCGUGAAAGAAUGGACAUGGACGGAUACAGAACAACACAUUUUUGAUGAUCUUAGAGAAAAGCUGACUCAACCACCAGUAUUAGCCUAUCCAGAUUUUAAAAGACCGUUUGAGUUACAUACGGAUGCGAGUGGGGUUGGUCUUGAAGCUAUUCUUUAUCAAGAUAGUAGAGUUAUUUCAUAUGCCAGCAGGUCAUUGACCAAAUCAGAGAAGAAUUAUUUAGCCUUCAAGUUAGAGUUUUUGGCGUUGAAGUGGGCCGUAACCGAAAAAUUUAAAGACUAUCUUGCAAUACAACACUUUACAGUUCUUACCGACAACAACGCCUUGACCUACAUACUCACAUCAGCAAAACUAGACGCAACUGGACAUAGAUGGGCAUCAGAAGCGGGUGAAUUUAACUUUUAUAUCAAGUAUAGAGCUGGUUAUAAAAAUAUUGAUGCAGACGUUAUGAGCAGACUUCCUGAAAUAGAUAAAACAGAUGGAGAUACUUUUAUAAUGGACAACUCAGCAGUGAAAGCCAUAUGCAAAUAA